CCCGCCGGAAGUGCCUCCUCGGAGGAGCGAGGGCGCGCGCCGGAGCAGAGCAGCAGGCGGCGGCGGUUCCGAGCCACGUGACGUGUGACGCGCGCCGGGGACAGGGCGGGCUGACGCCCAGCAAGUGUGACGUCAGGGACACGCCCACCUCCCCGCCGCCGCGCGCUCGCUCUCGCUCUUCCUCCCCCCCACCAACCCCGGAACCGGCCUGCGCCGUGACGUCAGGGAGCGACGCAGCGACGUCAUGGGCACGCCCUUCUGUUGACGUCGGGGUCACGCCCUCUCCCUGACGUCAGGGCCCCGCCCCUUGUCAAUUAUUGGCUGCCUCGACCCCAUCUACCUGACGACAGGCUCCACCCCCCGCUCAGCAGGCCCCGCCCCUUGACUACAGGCCCCGCCCCUUCACUACAGGCCGGCCCACAUCCUCCCUUGGCAACGAGCCCCUGCCCUUCCUGUUUCCCCUUGGCAACAGGCCCCUCCCCCCUUUCUGACCCCGGGCCCCUCCCCCUGACCCGGACGCCGGGGUCAUGACCUUCCCGCUGCAUCGCCUGGUCUGGCAGAAUCGUCACCGGCAGCUGGGGGCGGCGCUGGGGGAGGGGCAGCACGACCUGGAGGAGUUGGACCCCCGGGGCCGGACCCCGCUGCACCUGGCGAUCUCCCUCGGGCACCUGGAGUCGGCCCGAGUCCUACUCUCGCACGGGGCCGAGGUGUCGGCGGAAAACCUGCGGGGAUGGACCGCCCUACAGGAGGCGGUGAGCACGGGGGACCCGGAGCUGGUGGAGCUGGUGCUGCAAUACCGCGACUACCAGCGAGCCUCGCGACGCCUGGCGGGCAUCCCCGAACUCCUCCGGCAGCUUCGCAGGGCCCCCAACUUCUACGUGGAGAUGAAGUGGGAGUUCACGAGCUGGGUCCCCCUCGUCUCCAGGAUCUGUCCCAGUGACGUCUACCGUGUCUGGAAGAGUGGCGCCAACUUGCGCGUGGACACGACGCUGCUCGGGUUCAAUCAGCUGACUUGGCAGCGCGGCAACAGGUCGUACAUCUUCAAGGGCGAGGAGGACGGAGCGGUGGUAAUGGAGGUCGACCACGACAAGAGACUGGUCUUCACCGAGACGCUGUCCCUCGCCCUGCACAACACCGAGCUCGUUCUCUCUGCCAUGCUGCCCAGCGAAGAUCAGGUGGCAUCUCGUCUGACCUCGCCCAUCAUCGCCACCCACCUCGACACCAAAAACAUCGCUUUCGAGAGGAAUAAAUCUGGAAUUUGGGGAUGGCGUUCCGAACGUUCUGAGAUUGUGCAUGGGUAUCAGGCCAAGGUUUUUAGCGCAAACAACGUUGACCUGGUGACCAAGACAAGAACCGAACACCUGUCUGACCCGGACAAGGCGAAGAUCAAAGGAACACGCACCCCGCUGCAGUCAUUUCUGGGCCUUGCCGAGCAGCACGUCUCAUCUCCUCCGGAGGGGGGACCCUCGGCUCCGAGCGGCGUCCAGCCCAGCCCCUCCGAGGUGACGGCUGAGCAGUACUUCGACCCCGAGGUGGACCUGCAGUCCCGGGACAUCGGCCGGCCGCUGGAGCUCAGCCUGAAGGUGCAGAGGUUUAAAGCCACCCUCUGGCUGUGCGAAGAUUACCCCCUCUCCCUGAGCGAGCAGCUCUCCCCCAUCGUCGACCUCAUGGCGAUCAGCAACACCCACUUCGGGAAACUCCGCGACUUCAUCUCCCUGCGCCUGCCCCCCGGUUUCCCCGUCAAGAUCGAAAUCCCUUUGUUCCACAUGCUGAACGCCCGGAUCACCUUCGGAAACCUCUGCGGCUCAGAGGAGGCCGUCUCCUCCCUCAGCUACCCCGCCCGGUCGCCGACCGCCGGGCGGGAAGGGGGCGCGGGAGCGGAGAGCGGUCGUCGAGUGGGCGAGUGCGAGGUGGCUCCCUCCGUGUUCGAGGUCCCGGCCGGUUACUCGGUCCGGGGCUCGAUGGGCCGCCCCGACCCCCUCCCCGACGAGGACGACGAGCUUCUCCAGUUUGCCAUCCAGCAGAGCCUGCUGGGAGCCGGCCCGGAGGCCGACCAGGUCACCAUCUGGGAAGCACUCAGUGCCACGCGGACCAGCGACGACCCGGCGGAACCGUACGAUGAGGAAGCCGCCCUCGCGCGCGCGAUAAGGGAGAGCCUGGCGGGAAGGGGCGGAGGCCCCGGGGAGGGCGCGCGGACCGCGGGGUCUCCCGGCUCCUUGUCGCGGUCCGACAGCUACACGGCGGCCCUGCAGACGGCGAUGGAGGAGUCCCACCGGGAGCAGGAGGAGUGGGAACGGCAGCUCAGCAGGGAAGAGGACGAGAUCCAGCGGAUCCUGCGUCUCUCCCUCACCGACAAGUGACCCCCCCCCCCCACCACCGGCCCACCCUUCCCCCCAACUGCCACCAUCCACACCUCGCCCCCCCGCCCCCCGUCCCCGUCCUCCAUUCCUGUACCCUGGAGUGUGUGACAGGACUGUGUCCGACCCCGGGAGUGUGUGACGGGACGGUGCGGAGGGAGAUUCGCUCUGUGUCUGACCCCGGGAGUGUGUGAUGGGACGGUGUGGAGGGAGAUUCACUCUGUGUCUGACCCCAGGAGCGUGUGAUGGGACGGUGCGGAGGGAGAUUCGCUCUGUGUCUGACCCCGGCAGUGUGUGACGGGACGGUGUGGAGGGAGAUUCACUCUGUGUCUGACCCCGGCAGUGUGUGACCGGACGGUGCGGAGGGAGAUUCACUCUGUGUCUGACCCCGGGAGUGUGUGAUGGGACGGUGCGGAGGGAGAUUCGCUCUGUGUCUGACCCCGGGAGUGUGAGACCGGACGGUGCGGAGGGAGAUUCACUCUGUGUCUGACCCUGGCAGUGUGUGACCGGACGGUGUGGAGGGAGAUUCACUCUGUGUCUGACCCCGGCAGUGUGUGACCGGACGGUGCGGAGGGAGAUUCACUCUGUGUCUGACCCCGGGAGUGUGUGAUGGGACGGUGUGGAGGGAGAUUCGCUCUGUGUCUGACCCCGGGAGUGUGUAAUGGGACGGGGUGGAGGGAGAUUCGCUCUGUGUCUGACCCCGGGAGUGUGUGAUCGGACGGUGCGGAGGGAGAUUCACUCUGUGUCUGACCCCGGCAGUGUGUGACCGGACGGUGCGGAGGGAGAUUCACUCUGUGUCUGACCCCGGGAGUGUGUGAUGGGACGGUGCGGAGGGAGAUUCGCUCUGUGUCUGACCCCGGGAGUGUGUGACGGGACGGUGCGGAGGGAGAUUCGCUCUGUGUCUGACCCCGGGAGUGUGUGAUGGGACGGUGCGGGGGGAGAUUCACUCUGUGUGUCUGACCCCGGGAGUGUGUGAUGGGACGGUGCGGAGGGAGAUUCACUCUGUGUCUGACCCCGGGAGUGUGUGAUGGGACGGUGCGGAGGGAGAUUCGCUCUGUGACUGACCCCAGGAGUGUGUGUGACGGGAGUGAGUGACAUUCUGUAAAAUGACCAUGGACAUUGCCCAUUUAGUUGUCAGCAUUUCACGGAGGCUGACCUCUCAGUUGACCGCACUGCGACAGAAACCCACGGACGGUCACCUCCCCUCUUCGCAGUGUUCAACAGUGCCAGAAUGUGUAUUUUAUCAGAUGUGCAUGCAGUCCCUGUGUAUUCCACUGAAAAAUCUCACUGUGGGUUAUCGAAAGGUCCCUGUAAAUAAACGUUAACUGCUCUUAA